UGCUUCUUGAUUACUGGUAUGUAUUAUUUUUUCCUAAAAAAAAAGUGACAAAAUAAAGAAAUCAUACAUUUUUAAAAACAUGGUUUGACUCACUGAAAAGCAUAAAUAGUGAUUUGGGCCACACAAGUAUGUAAUAUAAGCACAGUUUUACAUCGGUAUGUCAUCAGUCUAAUGUCUCUAUGAAUUAAAAACUUUAAUCAGUUUCUCAUCAAGUUCCCUGGAGAAAGAAUCCAUCCUUAGAGAUCAGCUAAGCUUCUACUGAAAACCCCCACUAAACAAAACUUAUAGUGGAAACUAUAAACUACCACAAGGGUCACUUCUAAAUAUAGGACUUCCUGUAUUAGGUAGAAAACAUUAAUGGAAACUCAAACUGGUUUCGCAAUAAGCCCAUACCUCAGCUGGUACUGCAGAAAGUCUGGUAAAAAGUCAGCAUCUUCAUGAGCAAUGGAGGAAAUAUAUUCCAAUAUUGACUAUGGCCAACCUGUCUGCUCAAUUCCUGCAACCCAUCCCAAAGGCUCAAGCAACCCUAAGAAGAAGAGGUUUUAUCUAGCUGUUAUCUUCUGCCUGGGGCUCCUGAGUGUUUGCCUGCUGGCUGGACUCAUCGUCCUUGGUGUCCACUAUCAUAUCUCUGGUGAGAUGGCUGCAGAUCCCUUCGCCAACCAAGACCAUCUGAGUGAGCGUCUUCAGGCCAGUAAGGACAAUCUGUCCUCCCUGACAGAAGAGAGAAACCAGCUAAAAGCCAACCUCAGUAAACUAACUGAAGAAAUGAACAAGCUUAAACAUUUGUCCACACAAAAGAAAACAUGUCCUGCAGGAUGGAAGAUGUUCAGCUGUUCUUGUUACCUCCUUUCUACAACAUCUGGUUCCUGGGAUCAAGGCAGAGAAGACUGCAGAGGCAGAGGAGCAGAUCUGGUGGUGAUAGACAACGAUGAAGAACAGACAUUUUUCUCUAUAUUCACCAAGAAACCAACUUGGAUUGGUUUAAAUGACAUGGAAACUGAGGGGACCUGGAGGUGGGUGGAUGGAAGUCCCUUGAAUCUGACGUUCUGGGCAAGUGAACAACCAGACAAUGGCAAUGACGACCCAAAGUGGGGUGAAGAGGACUGUGCACAUAUCAGGACACAUGACAGCACACUUUGGAAUGAUUUAUCAUGUGCAGCUUCUUUGCAGUGGAUCUGUGAAAAGCUUCCAAUGUAGCUGAUUUGAAAAUAACUGCAAAAGCUUUACCAUCAAAGAUAACUUUUUAUUUUUAUUAUUCAGCACCUGUAGCUAAAAAGGAUCAACAAAUUUAUAAGCAUGUGUCAUGCUACACCAGUAAUACACCAGUAAU